UCCGAGUUCAUCCGAGAGUAGUCGAUACCUUCCGAUUAUUUCAAAACAAGUCCAGAAAAUGAUGAUGUUGAAUAGUUGGUAUUGUUGGUAUCUGUUUUGCUAGCUGUUUGCGAGAAAUCUUUUGUAAUCACGUCCUAGGAUGUCUCUUGAACGUGUUGUUGCUUUGGUAGACAUGGAUUGUUUUUACGUACAAGUUGAGCAACGUUUGAACCCGUCUUUGCUUGGGAAACCUUGUGCAGUUGUUCAGUAUAAUGAGUGGAAAGGUGGAGGAAUCAUAGCAGUUAGUUAUGAAGCUAGAAAGUUUGGUGUAACACGGCAAAUGCGAGGGGAUGAAGCAAAGGAGAAAUGUCCUGAAAUUAUCCUUGCAAGAGUUCCUGAAAUGAGAGGCAAGGCUGACUUGACGCGUUAUCGUGAUGCAUGCGCCGAAGUGAUGGAUGUUUUGCAAGGUUUUGCUGAUGUAUGUGAACGUGCCAGUGUGGACGAGGCAUACCUCGAUUUGACAGAACUGGUCAAAAAAAAACUUGAGAUGAUAUCUUUGGAGGAACUUGUGGACAAGACGUUGGCUUGCAGUCAUGUUAUUGGUUACACUGACACAACAGACAGUUCUGACAUCAGAGGUCGCUGGAUGGCUGCAUUAUCUGAUGAUAAGAUAAAAAAUUUAGCCAUGGGAGCCAUAAUCAUUCAAGAGGCAAGAGAUGCUGUAAAGGAAAAAGUCGGUUUUACUUGUUCAGCUGGGAUUGCUCAUAAUAAGGUCUUGGCUAAGAUUGCUGGUGGAAGUCAUAAACCAAAUCAGCAAACAUUGCUUCCUCAACACUCAGUUGCAAAGUUUUUUGAGACUAUUCCAAUCAAGAAAGUACGUUUCUUUGGAGGUAAAUUUGGACAAAGCGUGAUUACUUCACUUGGAGUUGAAUACAUGUCUGAGUUGACAAGAUAUUCUCAAGAAGAAUUACAGCAUCACUUUGGGGAAAAAUCUGGCACAUGGCUUUAUGAUGUAUGUCGUGGUCGUGAAUAUGAAAUUGUCCGACAGAGGCAGUUAUCUAAGUCUUGCGGAUGUGGGAAAAAUUUCACAGGAAAAUCCAGACUGGUCUCAAAGGAGAAAGUGAGAUACUGGAUGUAUCAGCUGGCCAGCGAACUCAGCGACCGACUGAGAAUUGAAGAAGAAAAGAAUAACAGAAAGGCAAAGUUGGUGUCAGUUGGGCUGUGGACAGAGACAAAAAGUAGUCGUGUUCGCUCUUUUCCCUUGAGAUAUUCUGAUCCAGAAUCGAUCUGUGAAAAUGCUAUGCAAGUCAUAAAAACCUUUAAUUCCGGAACUGCGGAUAAAUGGCAGCCUGGAGUAACUUCCCUCUCUCUGAAUGCAAGUAAGUUUGAGGAUAUUUCUAAAUCCUCAGGAGCCUCUUCUAUUGUGUCGUUCUUUGCAAAGAAAGAGAAAAACGACGAGGAGGAAACAGACUCGGCAGAAAAUGAAGCACCUUCAAACACAUGCACUCUCAGCACAGACAACCUUGAAUCAACAGACUUCAUCUCUUAUGAACGAGAUGAAAUUGAUCAUGAUAUUGUGAACGAACUACCAAAGGAAAUUAGAAAUGAAAUUCAACAAUUUCUUGGAACCUCUAAAACUUCAGAACGAAGUAAGAGGACGUCUAGUGGGAUAGAAAAAUACACAAUUCCUAGGAACACAAUUAGCACAGAUCAGACCAAGAUUACAAAAACCAAUGCUUCAGAAACAGGAAUAUAUGAUGGCAAAUAUGGAGGAGUCCAAUUGAUCACAGAAAAUCCAACAAGUGACUCAGAAAGUUCUCACAAUUCUGAGUUUAUUUGUUGUUCAAAAUGCAGCAUGAAAAUAGAAAAAUCCAAGAUGGACGAGCAUCAAGAUUAUCAUUUUGCCUUAGAGUUGCAGAAAGGAAAUGAAAUUCUGGUUGAUCAUUUGCAGAACAGAGAGCCUCCUAAAAAAAGGCAGAAAGGAACUAUUUCAUCAUUUUUUGUUCCCAAAGGAAGGUGAUACAGUGAGUGUAAAAAAGUCACCCCAUUUCAUGAACUGGUUCUAAAUUUAUAAACACAUAAAGUAUGACUGAGCAAAAAAUGGUGUAGAGUUAUAUUUAUACUAUAGUAAGGUAAAUUAGGGCAAUCUGUAGUAGUCACUUUUGCCGUUUAAUGUUUGUGUCUACACAAAGUAUCUGAUAUAUAUCAUUAGA